AAUGUCAUUAGCCGAAGAGGAGGAGCUUCAAAUCGAAAGCAAAUAUACAAAAGAAAAAAAAAUAGGAGAAGGAACUUAUGCGAAGGUUUACAAAGGGAAAGAUCGUGAAACUGGACGUGCAGUCGCUAUUAAAAAAAUUAAACUCGUACAAACAGAAAUAGGAUUUCAAGGGAUAGAAAUAUCCGCAGUUAGAGAGGUAAAAGUUUUACGAGAAUUAAGGCAUCCUAAUAUCAUCGAGUUAAUUGAUAUAUAUUCACAUCAAACAAAUUUACAACUUGUGUUGGAAUAUCUAGAUUCAGAUUUAGAAAUGAUUAUAAAAGAUAAGAGUCUUGUAUUUAUAUCAGCAGAUAUCAAAAGUUGGAUGUUGAUGACUUUACGUGGGUUGCAUCAUUGUCAUCGAAACUGGAUUUUACAUCGUGAUAUGAAACCUAACAAUUUACUUGUUGGUAGAGAUGGACAAUUAAAACUUGCAGACUUCGGUUUGGCGCGAGAUUUUGCAGAACCACGUAUUAAAAAUAUGUCACCACAAGUUGUUACUAGAUGGUAUCGAGCACCAGAACUAUUUUUUACACCAGCACAAUAUGGCUACGCAGUUGAUAUUUGGUCGGUGGGAUGCAUAUUUGCAGAAUUAAUGUUGCGAACGCCAUAUCUUCCAGGAGAUACGGAUCUCGGACAACUUGAAUUGAUAUUUCAAGCGUUAGGAACGCCCACGGAAGAGGAUUGGCCGGGGUUUACUGAACUUUCAAAGUCAGUCCAAUUUCAAAAGUACAAUAGGACACCAUUGAAAACACUUUUUACUGCGGCAGGAAAUGAUGCAAUAGAUUUAUUGGAAAAGAUGUUAACAUUUGAUCCAAACAAAAGGAUCUCAGCGCGCGAGGCUUUACUUCAUCCCUACUUUCGUAAUAAACCAAGGCCUACCGCUCCAGUAAGAUUACCGAAGCAAGAGCAAAAAUUACAAAAUUCUAAAUGA